AUGAAGGCAACUGGAGCAAGUUUAGUUGUGGUCUGUAAGAUUCAUGGACUCUCAUCAGUGAAGAGCAGAUCUUCACCAGACACCCGAACCACCAGCACCUUAAUCUUAGACAUUGGAGCCAUCAUAACUGGAUAUCCCUCAAGGAUCGAAGAGCUGUGUGAGUGCUUGGAAUUUAGCAGUAUUUUUGACAGCUCUGCAGAGUUUAACAAGACAAAGAGGCAGAGACAGGAGAGGAACAAGUCCUCUUACUUGCUUACCAGACACUCCCUUCAGAAUUCCAAGCUGUGUUUUAUCAUGUUGGCUUUUUCUGCAGAGAACUACAAUGACACUGGUACAGGAAAGAAAGAAAAAGAAAAGAAAGAUAGAAAGGGCAAGGACAAGGAAAAUGGCUCUGUAUCCACCAGUGAGACACCACCACCUUCACCACCAAAUGAAAUUAGUCCUCCACAUGCUGUGGAAGAAGAGGAAGAUGAUGAUUGGGGGAAGGAUACAACUGAGGAAGCUCAAAGACCCAGAAUGGAUGAAAUCAGUGACCAUGCAAAAGGUCUGACACUUAGCGAUGAUUUGGAAAGAACUGUAGAAGAGCAUGUUAACAACCUGUUUGAUGUUGUUAAGAAAAAGAAGAAAGAAAAGGGCAUUGUUGAUUUGUCUGAUAAAGACAUUGUGGCUGAGGCAGAAAGACUGGAUGUAAAAGCCAUGGGCCCUCUUGUUUUUACAGAAGUUCUCUUUGAUGAGAAGAUAAGAGAGUAAAUCAAGAAAUACAGGCGCCAUUAAGAUUUUUGUCCUAACAACAAAAAGGCCCAGCGGUACCACCUUCAUGGUUUGGAAUGUGUAGUAGCAAUGCAUCAAGCUCAGCUGAUCUCCAAGAUUCCACAUAUCUUGAAGGAGAUGUAUGAUACAGACCUUUUAGAAGAAGAGGUCAUUAUCAGCUGGUCAGAAAAGGCCUCUAAGAAAUAUGUCUCAAAAGAACUUGCCAAAGAGAUUUGUGGCAAAGCAGAGCCAUUGAUUAAAUGGUUGAAGGAAGCGAAGGAAGAAUCUUCUUGUGGGGAGGAAGAAGACAAAGAUGAAAAUAUUGAGGUGAUAUAUUCUAAGACUGCUAGUGUACCUACAGUUGAAACUGUGAAGUCUUACAACAAGGAUGAUGAUGUUGACAUUGACACCAUUUAA